GAGCGGUAAUUUCAGUCAGGAGUGUUCGCGGUCAGCCCUUCAUGUGACCGUUGGGGGUCCUGACUGCGGUGCUGUGUGCAGUUCAUCAUGGCGGCGAACAGCAGCAACAGCACGAGCGGUAAAAGCGGCGGAAAGCAGUCCGCUCCGUCUGCCGAGCAGGUGGUGGCUACUUUCCAGAGGAUGCGACAGGAGCAGCGCAGUAUGGCCUCCAAAGCUGCAGAGUUUGAGAUGGAGAUCAACGAACACAGCCUUGUCAUUGACACGCUAAAGGAAGUCGAUCCGUCGCGGAAGUGCUUUCGUUUAGUGGGCGGUGUGCUUGUGGAGAGGACGGUCAAAGAAGUCCUGCCUGCAUUAGAAAACAAUAAAGAACAGAUUACGAAGAUCGUGGAGUCCGUUAACACACAGAUGCAGGCGAAAGGGCGGGAGCUGACGGAGUACCGUGAACGCUACAACAUCAGAUUAGUCGGAGAGGAUGACAAACAGGGCAAAGCCGACGCCAGUCAAGCCAAAGAGAGUGAAGGAGGAGGCUCUAAAGGAGGCGCCGGAGUGCUCGUCUCCUAGUGGAUUUUUCUGUAAACGCUGGUUAGAAAUCGUUGGCGCUUUAAUAUUUGCGGAGAGACUGAGUUGGCAUGUUUCUAUUUAGUCUUACAGAUGCCAGUUAUAAAACACGAAAGAGAGUGAAAGUCUCGGUUUUCAUGCAUGUUUUGUACAUUGGUAAUAUUAAAACACAACACUCACAACAACACCUUUCCUAUCCGAACAUUUACGGCCGUUCACAACGAGGAUGCUGCGGCUAAAUUGUUUUUCAUUAUUUACUUUUCAGUCCCGUUUAUUACAAAUAAAACCUGUUUCAUUUCAUGUCUAAAUGGACUGCAUGAAUUCACCAUGUUCAAAAUGGUUUUGAGGCUUGACUUUCACUUUCUUCUGCUUUGGGAAGACGUAAUAUUUAGUAAUAUUUGGUGCAGAGUGAAACGACGGCCAGCGACUGUCUCGUACCCUGGACCUCUGACUGUUGACCGCAGCUCGAAUCCAUUGUUUAUCGUGUCACGACUGUACGCCUGUGGACGACGCCUUUUUAUGUUUGUUUUGUUUUUGUGGUUGUUUUGGUUAUUGAAUUAAAAAUACAUAAUUCAGCAAGA